AUGUCCCGGGUCCAACGUCCAGUUCAACGAGACGGCAAGAAAAUGACGGUUAUCGCCCAGCGCUCGCCAAACGCCAUGCAAAGUAAUUCUCUGUGCCAUUUCCAGGGACCUGAAAUAUCUUCAACUUUUCACACUCAACUCCUCGGCCAACAUUAUGACUCUCGCCAAACGAUCACAGGUCGGUUCAUUCAGGGCAUCGGCACUUUACAGAAGCAGAUAUUGCAGGAAAGUCCAGAGAGCAGCACUUCUGAACUAAUUCUGCGCCAUAUCCACUUUUAUUAUCAGUGGUAUCCUAGUAAACCACAGGCAAUCUAUCAUCAUACCCUGAGCCUCUCACAAGUAUUCGAUGUCAUUGACGAGGGACUGAAUCUAUUUGUCGCCGGGAAUCCGGGUGCCUUCUCUAAGUUCCAGGAAGCUUGCAACGGAGCUGAAACAUUAUUCAGACACCAACCUUUCCAGAUCAUUGUGCAAUUCAGUGCAUGCUUCUCUCAGUUGAAAUGGUCCAACUACCCCGACUUCCGAGAGGCACUCAUGCGCUACCUCGCAAGAAUGGCCAUCGGAGUGCUUGGACAGAACCAUUAUCUGCCCAAGAUACUCAAGCUUAUACCACGUGAGCACACAUCUGCGGGUCUCAGCUCUCGAGUCAUCCGCAUUACUACGGAUACUACAUUUUCGCAAUUUCAAGGCUCGAGUACCGAUUUGUUGAAUUGCAUGCCGCAUUUGAGAUUGCUCGUUGGCAGAAUGCAUCGCGACACGGGCGAAGAAUCUACUCUACUAAGGAACUUGAGCCAGGAUGUACUCAUAACGAAUCUUCUUGGCCAUGACACCCCCAAAGAUGUUUCCUUGCUGUACAAACUUGGGUAUCUGAGACUUUCACAGAAUCGCCUUGAUGAAGCCGAGGAAUUGUUGACGGAGUCCUUAGCAUUGGCUGGGCAGAGUCCAGACGCCAGUGGAGCGAGGAUCUCGAAGGUCUAUAUGUUGACUCUCAGCUGCCUGGGCGUUCUCUUCGGGAGAAGAGGAGAUUUGAUCACGCAGACCCGAUACUACCGAUUGGCGCUGGAAUGGAGCACUAGUGUUGUCCCAAACGAAGCCUUGAAUGGGGAGGAUAAGCGUAGACGCAUGAAGUGGUUGGAUGACAUCGUGAGAUAUCAUACUCUGAACGGAGAGGAACUAGAGGUGCAAAGUCUACGUGAGCAAUAUUACGAUCUCUAG